CACGCAUGAGUUGUGUUUCCCUCCGACUCCGAGAAAUCAAAAAUAAGAAGAGACCAAAUUUUCUUCCCCCCUUUCUCCGCCAGCCCGCCGCGACGUGUCUCCCGCUCCCGCGCGCCCCUUUCCGGUGAGCGGCCGCCCUCGGCUUUCCGCUUUCCCUCCUCUCCCUCCCUGCCCUGCUGUGCACUGCUCGGUUGUUCGGUGGCCAUUAAUUUGCACGCUGCCAAAAAUCACGCAGCCCUCACGCUUUCUGGCUCCUCCUCCCCUCCUCCGCCGUCAGGCUCGCCGCACAGCGGUUUUACACUGUUUCGACUUCGCCUCUUCCUCCGCGUCCGCGACCGCGACCGCGCGCGAUAGACCAAACAGCACGGGUCAAGGGCCGACCGGUUCAAGUCUCGGCGGCGACUCGGAUUCCACUCGACCACGCGGACGCCAUCCGUGACAUUCAAGUCCCUUGCCGCGUUUUACUUGGCCGCUGAGACCUGAGUCUAUCGGGACACGAGCAGAGUUGCAGAGCGGCAGGGAGGUUGCUGGUCGCGCGGCUUCCAACCAACUCCAUCCAUGGACCUCGCCCGGCGGGAGGCGGACAGGGCCGCCGCAGCGGAGUUCGUGGCUCUCGACAUCCGGGGCGAGGGGGAGUCGCCUGCGAACGACCCGGAAUUGCUGAUGGAAUCCUCAUUUGUCGCCGCUAAGGAGUUCGAGCGGGAUCGGAGAGGAGACGUCAUUUCUUCCUCCUCCGGUGCGUAUGAGAAGCAGACAGUGCCUGUGCAUGUUGAUGACUGCCCGAGGGAACACUUACAGCCCUCCACGCCAACUGCAGGUGGUGGUGCAAAGCGUCGUCGUUCCAGCCGUCGUGUUCUGGGAUGGCGUGAUCCCAGGAAAAUACUCUUCGCCUUUGCAGCAUUAAGUAUAGCUGCGAAUGUUCAGCCUCAAGUCUUGUUGGAUGAAACCGGAACGCUCUGCCAAUAGUUGUGCAAACAUAACUCAUCUCAGCUUGGCUGUUAUGGUCGCUAGAUCGGUGAGGGAUUGGAGAGGGAUAUCAAUGGACAGGAAUGUCGGCCGGGUGCCUCUGCCCACGGCCGAGCAAGAGGAGGGUUUCUUUCUUUUAAUUCUUGCCUACUUUAUUUUUCAUCCAUUGAUUACAUAAAUAGGCCAGCUGGUGGCCCCUAUCUAGCUAGAGAUCCUUAUCUCCUUAAAACUUUCCUAAAAACUCUCAACAACUACUAACUGAUAAUCUUACUAGUUAAUCUCAACUAAUCUCCUAGAUAAUCUCAACUAAUCUUUUAAUCUUAUCUCUAACUAUCUUUAUCUAAUCCCCCUUGGAGGGCCCAUGGCUGCUGCUGCCGCAGGCCCUCCGUGGGCCUCCUUAGGCCCCGACACUACACCCCCCUGGACAAGCAGCUCGUCCUCGAGCUGCAGCAUCCAACAAACGACCUGUAAUGACCAAACUUAUCACCAAAAAAUGAAUCUUUUACAUCUCGACUCAUCUUUUAAUUAUUCUAGAUAUACUGCAACUACAAGCAUCAUCAUGUGUCCCAAGGAAACGUUGCACAACGAAGAGGAGGGCGCGAGCUGGAACCACGGAGGUAAAGACACAACAGCCUUUGGAGGCGGGCAUGUGGAGGCCAACGUUGGUGUUGCUUGCAACAAGUGAAUCUCGUGCAGUGCAGCCCCUCAUGGUCAUGCGGCCACCAGUGCGUAAAGGGUGGUGUGGCUGGAGCAGAUGGCGGCGAGACCAGCAGACCUCCUUGUACGAAGGAGAGUAGUCGUGGUAGUUGCCCGGUCGCCGUAGAUGAGGGCCACCGCCGGAUGGAGCGUUGCAAAGGGGCGCCAUGCCUUGCAGCCUCUUGUGCGCGGAGGUGAACAACCAUCAUGUUGCUCGGGCGCGCUGGUGCAGCUACGACUCCCACGCAAUGGAGCACCCUAUCAUCUGCUUCACCCGCCAACGCGCUAAGAAACCGCAUGCUGCAGCCUAUAGGUGGACAACAGCCGCCAUCUGUCGCGGGGCAAGCACCCUCUCCUGGACAUCGCUCUUGGGUUCAAGGGUAGCGGUGAUUGGUGCUCCUGAUGACGAGGGCGGUGUCGGUGAUGAGGGCACGACAAAUGUGGCAGUAGAAGUUGCCACUGCUGCGAGGGAACCAAAGCGCUGUUGGCACAUGAUCUUGAACUGUGGUCACGUGACCUGACGCUCAUCGCAUUCUAGCCGCCUGAACCACGUAUGUGCAUGGCCGGUGAGGUGAUACGAUGCCAGCCAGGCCUUGUCUGACUCCAGAGCGCGCUGGCUCUAGAAGAAUUGCUCGCAACCGUUGAACCACCCCAGAGGGUCACCGCUGCCGUCGUAGAUGGGAAGGAGGGGGUGCUGCAGUCGUCGACAUGGUAGCAGCAGCGAGGGUCGGCGCAGGGGCUGGUACACCUGUCCUAGUAUGGUUGCCCUUGGCUUCGUCAGCCAUGCAAUUGUGAAAGUCGCCUAGAGAGGGGGUGAAUAGGCGAAACCUGAAAAUUAUAAACUUUGAGCACGCACUAUGCCCAGGGUUAGCUUUAGAAAUAAUUCAGUGCAGAAGAUAGUUCUCUUUGCUAUGAGUUGCUCAAUCAAUACGGAUAACCUUGGGAGCAAACUCAAAUCAAUAUUAGCAAGGGAACUUUUAGAGAGAGGAAAGAGGAGGAAACAAAUCAAGUGGAGAUUAACACAAAUGAUUUGUUUACCGAGGUUCGGUUUCAAAGAACCUAGUCCCCGUUGAGGAGGCCACAAAAGUCGGGUCUAUUCCAACUCUUUCCCUCUCUCAAUCGGUCACACGAACCGGUCGAGUGCUUCUCCUUAAUUACUUGGGUUACUAAGACCCCGCAAGGAUCACCACACACUUAGGUGUCUCUUGCUAGCUUUACAAAGCACUUAGAAGAAUUAGAAUGAGAAGGAGAAAGCAAUCCAAGCAAUAAGAGCAACAAAAGAAACACAAAACACCAUCUCUCAAGUCACUAAGCAAUUGAGUUGAUUUUGAGGCUUGGAGAGUAUUUGAUCUUUUGAUCGUGUCUUGGAGUGUAUGCUAUUGCUCUUGUAUUGAAUGUGGAGUUUAGAAAACUUGGAUAGCUUGAAUGGUGGUGGUUGGGGGGUAUUUAUAGCCCCAACCACUAUUCUAGCCGUUGCUGACUUGCUGUCGAUGGCACACCGGACAGUCCGGUGGUGCACCCGAAAUGGCACUGUUCAUCGUCCGGUGCUUGCCACGUCAGCAGACCGUUGGGUUUGGAGCGGUUGACGUUGAGGUCCUUUGUCCUCUUGUGACACCGGACAGUCUGAUGCACUCUAACUUUGCAGUCCUGACUUCUGAACUUGCGCGCUGUUCACUGUUCAUCUGACAUCUCAGUCGACCGUUGGGCGCAGUUGACCGUUGCUCUGGUGGCUCACCGGACAUGUCCAUUGCACACUGGACAGUCCGGUGAAUUAUAGCGGAGCGACUUCUAGAGAAACCCGAGAGCGGCCAGUUCGCGAGGUGCUUGGCCUGGACAUGCAGCAACAAUGCUUUGUCUUUGCUCCAAACUUUUUAGAGUUGCCCAACUUAUUUUCUUUGUUGGUUUAUGUUGAACUUUAUGCACCUGAGAUAAAUGACAACUGGCAAACUAGUUAGAUCACGUGGUUUGUGAUGGACGUCAAACAACAAAAUCGAUUAUAGGAAAUGAUUAAGCCCAUUUCCCUUUCAACUGGUGAUGAAGACGGCCCUGAGGGCGCAGCGCAAAUGGUAGGCAUCGCCACCCACGAAGAUGUAGGUGCCGGAGCGGGCGACGACGGCCAGGCCGCUGGUGCUGGCAUGCUGCUGGAGAGCGCCAUGUUGAUUGCAUUGAGCUUCGCAAACAUAUCGUCGAAGUACGCUUGGUCGGGAACCCAAGGACUCAUGAGAGGCAGAGGCGCAGCCGUGGGCCGCUCAUACUGCGUGACGUUGGUGUAGGGGUUCCAGUAGUAGAGGUAGCCGGUGAUGCCGUCGACGAGGCCGCACCACGGCUUGGGCAACGUUUGGUCUUCCGGCGCGUACAACGGGGUUGCGCGCCCGGACGAGCCACUACCGCUCGACAUCGGGUCCGGUUGGGUCUAGGCAACCCGCUUUGGCGCCCACAAUGUGGUGCGGAGGUUGUACUCGCACUGGUUGAGGUGUCGACUGUGCUUGCGCUAGUUGAGGUGUCAGCUGUACGCCCGCUGGUUGAGGUGUGGUGGUGAGCGACGACGUAGAUGCGGUGGCGGCUGGGUGUUGCGGGUGAAUAACGCAGGAACAGACGCGAUGAAAGGGCGAUGGGAAAAAAAUUGGCUCCGAAUACUAGGUGUUAUGGUCGCUAGAUCGGUGAGGGAUUGGAGAGGGGUAUCGAUGGACAGGAAUGUUGGCCGGAGGCCUCUGCCCACGGUCGAGCAAGAGGAGGAUUUCUCCCUUUUAAUUCUUAUAUACUUUAUUUUUCAUCAAUUGAUUACAUAAAUAGGUCAGUUGACCGUCCCUAUCUAGCUAGAGAUCCUUAUCUCCUUAAAACUCUCCUAAAAAUUUUCAACAACUACUAACUGAUAAACUUUCUAGAUAAUCUCAACUAAUCUUAUAAUCUUAUCUAUAACUAUCUUUAUCUAAUCCCGCUUGAAAGGCCCAUUGCUACUGCUGCUGCCACAGGUCCUCCGUGGGCCUCCUUAGGCCCUAACAUUGGCAUUCUCAUUGCUGUUACGCUGGAUGGGAUAUACGUACUCGGUACUAUGACAACUAAGGGCUUGUUCGGUUAGCUCUCAAUCCAUUGAGAUUGGGUGGGUUUAAAUUCCAAGCAAGUAAAAAUUUUCACAAUUUUUUCUAAUCCCGUCUAAUCCAUAGGUAACGGGAUUUAACCGAACAAGGCCUAAAGGAUUUCACAAUGAUUAAUCAUAGUGCAUUCGAGAAAAGUCAACGAUGUGAACGACUGAACAUUGGAAGUUAAAAAAAUCGUACAACCAUGAACCAUGUCUCUGUAUAUAUUGUUUUGCAUCAGUUUAUUGAGGACAUAUGCACUCUACAUAAGAAAACACUUAGAGAACGUACUCCGUACCAUUUUUCUUGUCUGAGUAUAGUAAUCAUGUUGUAGACAUGUGAAGUAUCAACGAGAUGCUGAUGAUGCGGUACGCUGUUUCCUGUGUGCAACAUUUACAUCAUUUACAUAUACUUCUAUUUGUAGGUCCAGCGUGGGCACUUUGAUUCUGCUCUACUUUACACUCUCUAUGGGGAAGAUGACAGGAGGUCAAGCUGAUGGCCAGUGAUAGCCUUGCUCUGUCUUGCUUGCAAUAGCAUUACUAAUAUUUAUUUGUACAGAAGAAACUGAAUAACUGGCUGCUUUCUAAUGUAGUAGCCACCACAUCCCUGCGUAUAUCUUCAUGAUUUCCUGAUUUUAGAUGUUUGUACAUAGGCACAGGAAAGUUGUAUUACAGAUACAGUUUUAAGUGAAAAGCUUCUUCUCAUGAGGAGCGUUGAACAGUCCAUUUUGAGAUGCUAGUUACCGGCUGAAACAAUGUUUCUUAUUUCCAAUAUCGAAGUCUGUAUAAGUGGCUGUUGUUUGAGAAAUUUCAGAGA